AUGUCAGCAGCUUGGAGCCUUAUAGCUAGAAAUUUUUUCGAAAGUUCAUGCUUUGCUGUAGUAGGUGCCAGCACUUCUCGCGAUAAAUAUGGAAAUAAAGUGUUGAGAUGGUACCAAAGUUUUGACGUCGAUGUCACGCCCAUUCAUCCUAAAGAAAAAAUCAUAGAAGGCCUAGAAACCCGCUCCUCAAUUUCAGACCUUCCUCGUCCUAGAGUAACGUCCAUUUCUGUCAUUACGUCACCAAAGAUUACCUUGAAGGUGCUGGAAGAAGCCAAAAAGUGUGGCAUUCCCUUUAUUUGGCUUCAGCCUGGUGCAGAAGAUGAAAAAGUUAAAGAAUACAUUCAACAACACUUUACCGAGUCCAUGGUAAUUUAUGGUGGACCAUGUGUUUUGGUGCAUGGACCAAAGCUGAUUCAAGAAAAAAGGAAGCUCGCUUUAUUGUAA